AUGAAGACCGUCCUCGCUUUCAGCACCCUAGUGUGCGCCGCACUCACGACCUCGGCCAUUGCCUUUCCUACACCUUCCGAGCCGCUCUUUGUCUCUCGCAUGGUCAAACGACAGCUUCUUCCUCCCAAUCCUGUUUCGACCUGUGGAGACUACGCCCUCGAGGAGCCCCAGAAGCUUGAGGUACGAUCCUACAACGACUCCACCACUGCCUACUUCUCCGUCGCUUCCAACGAUGCAGGACCUUCCAUUCUCACUGCCAUCAACCCCGCUAGCGGCUCCCAAGACGCAUACGACUUUGACUUCCAAACAUGCAACUAUCAGGGCUUCACUCAGGGCUACUCGCGCAACAGCGGUGGAAGUAUGGGUGCUCCACUCGAGUUCUGGGGUCGCGUUGUUACCAAUGUCACCAAAACCACCAGCGAAGCUUCCGAACGAAAAUGCCUCUCCGCCCAGCUCAACGAGGCUUCCGAGACCGCAAGAGUCAUGUCCGGCACUUUCCAUCUCGAGAACUGUAACGAAGCAGACUCGAAACAGUGGUUCCGUUUGCAAGAAGGUAUUGGCGGUGCAACAGUCAGCUACUUCCCCAUCAAGAACGAGACAGGAUUUAAGUACAACGGUGAGACUCCCGAAUACUUCCAGGUUGAUCUGCAUCCUGACGGCGAUCAGGUCAAUGCAGUCGAGUUCACCAGCCAAAAUUCCUUCCAGUACGUUCGAUUCCAGUAA